AUGUCGGAAAAAAUCAACCACAUCACAAGUGUGACCAGUAUCACCAGUGGCACCGACAGGCACGACCUCAACACCUUCCAGGUCAACUUGGAGGAUGUCAGGUCCCACCAGUACGGUGUGGCUGAGAUCCUGGAGGAGUUCAGCGUGGAGCAGAAGCUCUACAUUCUUAAGAGAAUGGAGCAGGAUCACCUCGAGUCUUUUGACGACUUGCCUCCUACUGGUGCUUUCAUGAUUGAGAAGAUCCAGAGCUUGGACAUCCACGAAGCCGAGCAAAUCCUUAAGGAGUUCUUGCGGGAUCACGAUGGCGACGUCAACAUCACCAUGGAAUACUACGACUUUGUGGAGGCCUUGUCGAACUACAAAUCUGGUCUGGAAUCGGAGUCUCUGAGCAAGGGCCUGGUCAGUGAAAAGAACGAGGUGGCCGAAAAAAGUGAAGCUAUCGUCAGAGAGCGUUCUAUCGAGUCCGAAGAAACUGGCAAAUGGAACGAUAUCUUUGACUGGGAUUUGCAGGUCAGAACCGAGGCCGGUAUGAUUGCUUUCUGGUCUCCAUACCCAGAAGUCAGAGCUGUCACUGAUCCAUAUGAUGAUCCCGAAACACCCUGUGAAACUCUUAGAGUUUACGUGCUUGGUUUGAUUUGGGUUGUCCUCGGUACGUUCAUUGGUCAGUAUUUCAGUGAAAGACAGCCUGGUAUUGGUUUGGGCCCUUCUGUGGUGCAGCUUUUCGUAUACCCAUGUGGUGUGUUCUUGUCCAAGGUGGUCCCAAAGAAAACCAUCAAGAUCUGGAAAUGGAACGUUGCUCUCAAUCCUGGCCCCUGGAGUCACAAGGAGCAGAUGCUUACAACCUUGUUCUACAGUGUCAGUGGAGGCAGUGUCUAUGCUGGACAUUUUAUUGUGCUUCAGAAAUUGGAGAUGUUUUACAACAACCCUAAGUUCACUUUCGGCGGCCAGAUUCUUCUUGUUCUUGCUUCGAAUUUCAUGGGUUUCGGAUUGGCCGGUAUUUUCCGUAAGUUCGUCGUCUACCCAGUCACUGCCGUCUGGCCUACGCUUCUUCCUACCUUGGCUGUGAACAAGGCUUUGACCAAGCCAGAAAAGAAGGAGAACAUUAACGGUUGGAAGAUCUCCAGAUACUCCUUUUUCUUGAUCACUUUUGCCGCCUCCUUUGUUUAUUUCUGGGUCCCCGACUACUUGUUCACAGCUCUUUCCUACUUCAACUGGAUCUCCUGGGCUGCUCCAGAUAAUUUUAAUGUUGCUGCCAUCACCGGCUCCUACACCGGCUUGGGUCUUAACCCAUGGACCAGUUUUGACUGGAACAUUAUCGGCGUCGGCUGUUUUGCUACCCCAUUCUUUUCCCACUUGAACGCUUACAUGGGCUCUCUUCUUGGUCUUUGCUUGAUCGCUGCUCUUUGGUGGACUAAUUACAAGUGGACCGGCUUCUUGCCAAUCAACUCCAACCGUAUCUUCACCAAUAAGGGUAGGGUUUACCAGGUCACAGCUGUUUUGGACGAGAACAAGAAGCUUGACCAGGCCAAGUACGACAAGGUCGGACCUCCAUUUUACAGUGCAGCCAACUUGAUUGUUUACGGUACUUUCCUUGCCUUGUACCCCAUGAACUUCUUCUACGUGGUUCUCACCAACUUCAAGCAGUUGAAGUUUGCUUUGGUCGGCUUGGUCAAGUCUUUCGACUUCAGAAAGAGACACUCCACCUACGAGGGCUUCAACGAUCCAUUCUCUGUUUCCAUGAAAAGAUACAAAGAAGUUCCUGAGUGGUGGUUCACCAUUAUUUUGCUCAUCUGUAUUGUGUUUUCCAUCAUCACUGUCGAGGUCUACAACUUGGAAACCCCAGUGUGGACCAUCUUCUUCGCAUUGGUCUUGAACUUCGUCUUUUUGAUUCCAUUUGUGGUGGUCUACGCCUCGACUGGUAGCAGUAUGUCCAUCAACGUUCUCCUUGAGAUGAUCAUUGGUUACGCUCUUCCAGGUAACGGUACCGCCUUGAACUACGUCAAGACUUUGGGUACCAACAUUGAUUCUCAGGCUGAGAACUACAUCACCAACCAGAAACAGGCUCACUACUGGAGAAUCGCUCCAAGAGCGCUUUUCAGAGUUCAAAUGCUUUCAGUUAUUGUCAACAGUUUCGUUGCCGUGGGAACCCUCAACCUUGUGUUCAACACUGUCGAAGACAUGUGUACUCCUCACCAACCCCAGAGAUUCACCUGUCCUGGUUCCACCACAUUCUACUCGGCCUCUGUUGUUUGGGGUGUUGUUGGUCCUAAGAAGGUGUUUGGUGGUCUUUACCCUAUUUUGCAGUGGUGUUUCUUGAUUGGUUUCCUUCUCGUGUUCCCAUGUUGGGCUCUUAAGAAGUACUACGGUAGAACCAUCAUCGGUAAGUACUUCCACCCUAUUGUGUUCACCAUUGGUAUCAUGAUUUAUGCUCCUUACAACUUGUCUUACCUGACUCCCGGAUUCAUCUUGUCCUAUGUGUUCAUGUACUACAUCAGAAAGAGAAAGACUGCCUGGUGGGAGAAGUACAACUAUAUUCUUGGUGGUGGUAUUAGUGGUGGUAUUAGUGGUGGUAUUGCUUUCAGCUCUAUCAUUAUCUUCUUUGCUGUCAAGUACCAUCCCAAGAACAUCAGUUGGUGGGGUAACAAUGUCAACGCUAACACGCUUGACUACAACGGUGCAACAAGACUUAAUGUCACCACCCAGGCCCCUGAUGGCUACUUUGGUCCUAGAAUCGGCCACUUCCCUUAA